AUGUCAUCCCGCGUGUUGAGGAAACUGCAAGGCGAUAAGGACAAAGAUCUCAACGAGGAAGUGUCAGACACAGAAACGGACACCCCAGUGAGCGGAGGUGCAAGACGAAAGCAGCUCAACGUAAAUCGCUACGAUUUGUUGAAUCAGCAAUCCCAUUCCGAAAGCGAAGUAAAAGAGGACGACAACGAAACUGAGGCAGCGAAAUCCUUCGAAGGCGAACACCCCGAAAUAAAACGCAAAAAGAAGAAGAGGAAGAAAAAAUCAGGGAAACACACGAACGCUCAAAGAAGCAGCGAAGACAAUGCUGAUGUGGACGAAGUGGAGAGGUCUCUGAGAGAGGUAAACAAACUUCUCGGCGAAAAUUACGUGCCGAAGGCAGCGAAUAUUCAGCAUGCGAAACACGAGAAGACGAGCCUAAGGAAAAAUACUUUAUCUAUUCAGCAUAAACAUUUGAAUCCUAAUAAUGAACUGAAGAGAAUUUUCGGUUCGAAAAUCGUUCAAAAUGAACAUAAACGUAAAAACCGAGCAGGAGGUCGCGCUCACGGGAAGCAAAUAACAAUGGUAAAUUGCAAGGAAAACUAUCCCAAUGUGGGAAAAUCCGGUCUUUCUAUGACGUACAUAGAAAACAAAAAUGGAAUACAAUAUUUCACCUAUGAACAUAGUCAAAGUUAUAGGCAAGUGCAAAAUAAAUUUUUAGAGGCCGUAGAAAGCAUAAAUCCUAAUAAUAUAGUAGCUAUUAUAAACGAGCAUCAGUAUCACGUUGACGCUCUGAUCCAGCUCUCAGAUUUGUGUAAAUUAAGCGAAGAUUUAGCUACGGCAGCGGAACUUAUCGAGCGAGCGCUAUAUUCUUUAGAAUACGUUUAUCAUCCUCUAUUUAACGUUGCUCAGGGUAAUUGUAGACUGGAUUAUAGAAGACAGGAAAACAGAGCACUCUACAUAACGAUAUUCAAGCAUCUGAUGUUCAUUGGUGGCAAAGCAUGUUAUCGCACAUCAUUAGAAUUUUGUAAAUUGCUCCUAUCGUUAGAUCCUGACGGCGAUCCAUUGGCCAUUGUUUUAGCUGUAGAUUUUUAUGCAAUAAGAGCACGAGAGUACCAGUGGUUUAUAGAUUUCGUUAAAGAAUGGGACAGCACUAAAAAUCUGACAUGGUUACCCAACAUUGCUUAUUCAUUAGCUGUGGCACAUUUGUAUUUGGAAGAUUCGGAGAAGGCGGAUUUCGUGCUGCAAGAAGCCCUUCUCAUAUUUCCGGGGGUGCUUUUGCCAUUGUUAGAACAAUGCAGCGUACAGACUGAUAACAGGGUCGCUAGCAAUCCAUUCUUCACCACAGCCAACGACGUAAAAAGGCAGCCUUUGGCUUUGACGCAAUUGAUCCAGUUGUACAUAAAAAGGAGUUACCACAUAUGGAAAGACAGCGACUUACUACCGUGGUUAGAGAGAAACGUGCAUCAGGUUUUAGAUCGAGUCGAAAAUAACGAUCCUAUGGUUAAAGAGUACGAAGUUAAACGGUUGAAGAGAUUCCAAGGAAACCUGCCGUUGAGUAUAGCUCGGCACAUUGUGUUAUCCGAUAUAAAAGGAGUAUCUCCGAUGACUGAUGAAGCCGCCGGUCCCGUAAUGAGUUUCGAUCCACUACCACCGAAAGAUUCCAUCAAUAUUUAUACGAGAUCGAAGAAAUCCACGGUAUCUCAUUCGAGCGGAAACGCUUUGGGUAUAUUUUUUAGAUCGAUUCUACCUAAUUUUAAUCCGAACGCACCAGAACAAGCUAGAGAAGAGGACGGUGCCAGAGCGUUGCCUGCUGGUAUAGAAGAAAAUGCCAUUGUCGAUUUACAAACUAGCGUGGCCUCGUUGGUGGACGCCAUGAGAGAUUUAUUGAACAACAUCAGGCUGGAGGUGCCGAACGAUGCCGAUGCCGAGGAGAAUGACGAUUCAGCAGACGACGACGACUUGACAUGA